UCUGAGCUUUUUAGAUGUACAUAAUCCCUGAGUUGACCCAGAAAAUAGGCAGUCGUUUCAAGAUCUGAUGCGCUAGUCUUUUGUGCGCACCGUUCCCUACUUUGAGCAUGAAGUGUAACCCCGAGGAAACCGUCCUGUAAUCCGGAGGAGCUUCGCCUCGCACAGGGAAACUCAAGUCGCGCAACUUUGAGAAAACGCAGCGGACACUGGAGGCAUGGCAGAUCAUAUGAUGAUGCCCAUGAAUCACAGCUCAGCAGGCACUGGUCUCCACGGUUACAGGAUGGGCAUGAAUGGCGGCCUGCAGGCAGGUCACCAACAGCACGCCAACCAGCAGGGUAUGAGGGCGCUUCCCAAUGGCCAGAUGAUGCACUAUGGAGGCAACCAGGCCAGCAUGGAGGCUGCCAUGAGGCAACGGCAGAGCAUGGUGGGCGGGCCCAUGAACGGACAGCUCAACGGGGCCCAGAUAGGUCAUCACCAGAUGACCUCUGGUAACAUGAUGUACAAUGGACAGCCUCAGCAGCAACAGCAGCAGCAUCACCACCCUCAGCAGCAACAGCAGCAUCACAUGCAUUCACAGCAGCAUCAGCAUCAACAGCAGGCGCCACAUCAGCAGCAGCAGCAGCAACAACAGUUCAUGAAUGGAGGGUUAACGUCUCAGCAGCUCAUGGCCAGCAUGCAGCUGCAGAAGCUAAACACCCAGUACCAUGGACACCCACUGGGACCUAUGGGUGGGAACCACAUGGGGCCUACAAACCAGUACCGCAUGAACCCAGCUCAACUGGCUAGCAUGCAGCACAUGGCUGGGCCCGCGUUAGCCCUGAACGGAAUGGACGCGGACAUGAUUGACGAGGACGUCCUGACAUCACUGGUUAUGGAACUGGGCUUGGACCGGGUCCAGGAGCUACCAGAACUCUACCUGGGCCAGAAUGAGUUUGAUUUUAUCUCAGACUUUGUGAGCAAGCAGCAACCAAGCACUGUCAGCUGCUGAAAGGAUCUUUGUUUGCAAUGGCCACACUUGGAGGAGGAGGAGUUAGCAUUGUCCAGGAAGAAUGGAGAGAGGCAGUUUGUUUGGUUAUGAUUUUAUGAGCAAAGAACCGUACAACUAAAGUUGUGGAGCUGGGUGUGCAGGAGAGGAUUCUGGAUAUCCACAGCUUGUGUUUAGGUUGUGGUUGGAGAUGGUUUCUCAUCCUGGACAUGAAUGUAACAAAGAAAUCCUUAAAGCCACUGAACAAUACUAUGACACUAUGUAGCCUCUAAGUCUGGACUCUGUGACAGUUUACCAGUAAAAAAAAAAAGGUGUAUUUAUUUAUUCCUAUCUGAGAAAACUGAUAAAUAGAAGAGUCGCCUUCGCUGUUUUGGGAUCCAAUUGGUUUUUAUGAUAUUUUCUUGAAAACAUGUUUGUGGAGGAAUAUGAAGAUUUUGGAUCUCUGCCCCUGAACUUUUCCUGUUCUGUUUGGCUUAAUAUUGAAAUUAGCUCAUUAAACAAAGCAAUGCUCAUUUUCUGUUUAAUCACAGAAGUGAUAAAGUGGUUCAUUAGAAUGCACACUUUCAAGAAAACUGGUUAAUGUUUGGUAAAGUGUGGCCUUUUAAAGAUGUAAUGUUCUCAAAACAAAAUCUACUGCUUGUACUGUAUGAAGCUGUAUAACUCCAACAUGUCCACACUAUUUGUGUUCUAUUGGAGAUGUAGAACCGCCUUAAUCAUGCAGAUUUUUAUUUAUUGGUUGUUUAUAUUGUUCCAAUACUUUUUUUUUUUUUUUUCUUUUUGUUUUGGGGGGUGGUUUUUGUGAAGGGGGUUUUUGACGAUCAAUAAAAAUGGCCUGGAUAGAA